AUGAACACACUCAGCGACUUCGACUACGAAGAGCUUAUAAAGCAUGAAGAAGAGAAACGGUUGCUCAAACUUUUGAGGACCCGAGGCCAGGUACCUUUGAUUCCGGAAUCCAGUAGCAACGAGGUUCCACACUUGGGUGACCUUCAAGGAGAUGUCCUUUUCCGUUUCCCAAAGACUUUGGAACGCUUCGUGUUCUUCCGUAUUGCCAAGUCGCAAUCAAAGCAGUUUCUUGUUGCCCUCAAGAAAUUCGAACCCACUUCUGCAGCCGAUGUCAAGGAAAAUAUGCUUGAAAUCUGCCGGGAGAAGGACAAUGCUAGAAAAAAGAAUGAGGAGAGGCUAGAGGCGGAAGGGGUUUUAGGGAAAGCGAGAAGGCUGCGGAGGCAAGCAGCAAGAAUUGAACAAGGACUGACUGGAGCAGAGGUCGAUGAAGCUGAAGUGAAACCUAUCCGGAUCCCGUUAAAGCAAAAAAUGAUCGCAUUUACGAGGGACGGGCUCGAUGAGAUUGGAUACAUGGAAAAGACGGGCGAUCGCCGGUUCGACAAUCACCCCAUGCUACAUGAUAAGACUGAACUCGGAGACCAAUCGGACUGGGAUCUUCUCUUUGCUUGGAACGAAAAGGAGAAGGAAGCAACUACAAACGGUCUUGGCAGGAAUGCAAAAGACAAUCGCGAGGCCACCACGGGCCGCGAGCCUCUUCAUGGGGUGGUCAUCAUAGCCACAGAAAACUCCGAAGAACUCGAGGAAGUCACCGAACAGGUCGACACACUAUUUAAAGGCCUAUGGGAAAAGAUGGGAACCUUGGAUGGGAGCGUUCGUCCGGAUAAGAAUCGCGGACACGAACACUUCGGAUUCUUGGAUGGUAUUUCCCAGCCUUCUAUCCGUGGCAUCGAACAUCCACUCCCCGGGCAACUCCAGGUCGAUCCCGGGGUUAUUGUUAUGGGAUAUCCUGGUGACCCAGUGUCAAAAUGGGACCGGGCCUCGUGGACCAAAGGAGGUACAAUGAUGGUCUUCAGGAAACUGGAACAAUCUGUUCUAGAAUUUAAGAAAUACUGUAGGGAUAAUGGACAGCGCUGGAAGGAAUUUGUCCCCGGAGGAGAGAGAGGCGCCCUAAAAAUGGGCUUCGAUGGGCGAGAUGGUGAAGAACUUUUCGCAGCUCGCUUUGUGGGAAGGUGGAAAUCGGGUGCACCCCUUGCGUUGUGCCCCUUCAAGGACAAUCCAGCAUUGGCCGCCGAUCCUAAACAAAACAAUGAUUUCGAUUAUGCUGUCACUGGUGUACGUGGUGUAUCCGACCGAGAGCCAAGCGAUUAUUACUGCCCUUUUACGGCUCAUGCGCGCAAAACUGUUCCACGCAACCUGGACCCGUAUAUUUCACGCAAAUACUUGGAAUCCAGUGCUAUCGUCCGGGCGGCGAUUCCAUAUGGCCCCGAGAUAAAUACAGAUGAAGAGGAAGAGUGGAUAAGGCUGAAGGAUGAGAAGGAUAAUGAAAUGAGGAGCGAGCUGAGGAAGAAGCAACAAAAUGCAUCUCAUGAAGUGGACGAGACAAAGCUGAACACGUUCCAACCCGACCCGAAGGAUCGCGGACUUCUGUUCAGUUGCUACGCGUCUCACCUAGACUCCGGCUUUGUUCGCCAGACGACUGGGUUUGGGAAUAACGACUUCUUCCCUAUCACUUCACUCACACCUACCCACCAUGGCCAGGAUCCAAUUAUCGGCGGCCCACCUGCGAAAGGAUCUUCAGCUCAGCUAAGACGGGUCUUGCAAAUAAGUGAGCCAAUCAACCCCUCAAGACCGUAUCCAGAGGAGCCAGAAAUUCAAACUGCAUCCAAGGAUUUGAAUGCGUCCAAGAAAGCAGAUGGUUGCUACCAAGUUGCUGAUAAGAGCCAGGUCUACCUUGAACUUGUCCCGGAAAAUCCGAACUCUUCUUCAAAGAAAUUCGAGGUAACGGGCAUUGUCAAGGCCAUUCCAGAGGGCCGACCGGCACCGGGUGAGGAUAACCCGUUCUUCGUUACCUCGCGGGGAGGAGAGUAUUUCUUUGUCCCAUCGAUCCCAGCCCUCAGGUAUUUCUCGGAGGAUGACCAUAUAGGGGAUUUAUUGAUGGAGCACGGAGAGAAAUUAAAUAAGGAAAGGGAAGAGAGACGAGACGAAGUGUAA